UAUCACACGCACUCUCUCUCUCUCUCUCUCUCUCUCUCUCUCUCAGCUUUACUAGGUUUUUAUUUCUCUCCACCUUUCACUACUCUCCUUACCGUUCCUUUCCUAAUCUCUCUCUCUCUCUCUUUCUCUAACCCUUCCAUCUUUUCUCUUUAGUACCUUCUUCAAAGAUCAUCAUCCCAAGAGAGAGCGUCCAAUUCACUCCUUGCAUCUUUCUAUCUCCCCUUUUGGUACUUCUUCUUCUCUUGUGGCAGACUCAAGGCCGUGUGUUUCGAUUCUUAGUCUUGUCUGUUUCAGCUAUAUACAUAUAUAUAAAGAGAGAGAAGAACGAAAGACGUGAUAGCUUCCAAAGAUUGACCUAAGCCAGCAAGAUCUCUCUUGCUGUGUGCGGUGUAGAUUAUUGUGUCUAGGAGAUUUGUGCAAGGGUUUUUCAAGUCAUGGCCAAUCCUUGGUGGACAGGGCAGGUAGGGUUGCCUGGGGUUGACACCUCCACGAGCUCAUCCCCAGCGAAAAAGCCAGAUCUCGGCAUCUCCAUGAAGGACAAUGGAGGCAGUGGAAGUGGUGGCGGGGUCGAAGAGGAAGAAAGAGAACACAGCGACGAGCCUAAGGAAGGGGCCAUCGAGGUGGCCAAUCGUCGGCCAAGGGGCCGGCCACCGGGUUCGAAGAACAAGCCCAAGCCCCCGAUCUUUGUCACCCGUGAUAGCCCUAACGCCCUAAGGAGUCACGUCAUGGAGAUAGCCAAUGGGACGGACGUUGCAGACAGCAUGGCCCAAUUUGCUCGGAGGCGACAGAGGGGCAUCUGUGUGUUGAGCGGGAGUGGCAUGGUGACAAACGUCACCCUCAGACAACCGACUGCGCCCGGAUCGGUCAUGGCCCUGCACGGCCGGUUCGAGAUCCUCUCGUUGACCGGAGCUUUCCUGCCUGGUCCAGCCCCACCUGGAUCAACAGGCCUGACGAUAUACCUGGCAGGAGGCCAAGGACAGGUAGUUGGUGGGAGUGUAGUGGGUCCACUAGUAGCCUCCGGGCCGGUCAUGGUGAUCGCUGCCACAUUCUCGAACGCAACCUAUGAGAGGUUGCCCCUAGAGGAAGAUGAGGAAGCGGGUAAUGGACAGGGCCAAAUUGGUAGCGGGUCUCCGCCAGGACUAGGGAGCGGCAACGCAGGGCAGCAACAAGGUGGUGGGUUACCAGACCCAUCAUCGAUGCCGGUCUAUAAUUUGCCGCCAAACUUGCUUCCUAAUGGUGGGCAGCUGAACCAUGAGGCCUUCGGUGCUUGGAGUCAUGGAAGGCCUCCUUAUGGCUAAUUGUGGACAAGUCAUUGAGGAGCAAAAACUACAUGGAGAAAAUUGCUCAACAGAUCAUCAUCAACCAUCCUUCUCUAUUGUGUUGUAGCGAAGACAUAAAUGAGUAAGUCAAUUUAGGGUUCAAGUAGGGAAAUUAAGCAAAUAUCUCUUCUCAUGUCAUAUAUAUUUUGUACAUUUUACUAUGACUCUGGCACCAAAACCUCUCUGUAAUGUGCCAAUUAAUUAGAUCAUUUGAGGUUUCUUGCUUGUGAACUUUGAAUCUCAAUUUACUGUUAUUUCAUGGCAUGUUCACCAUCAUCAUCCAUUGAGACGAAAUUCAACUUUGCAGCUGAUGAUGAUUAAUUAUAUAUUUUAGUUUCAAUAUAA